UCUGAUCACUGAUCAGGUCCAUGAUUAGAAGUCAUGUUGAAACGUAGGUUAGUAACGACUUGGUGUAAGCGUCAGAAACGAUACACGAACAGCCGUUCUACAGCUGUGAAGGAUGAACAUGGGAAUCACGAUGUCGCGAAGAUUCGUAAUAUCGGGAUUUUGGCGCACAUCGACGCUGGCAAAACAACUACCACAGAAAGAAUGUUAUUCUAUUCUGGUCUCAUUAAGACUAUGGGGGAGGUGCAUCAUGGAAACACGGUGACGGAUUACAUGGACCAAGAACGUGAACGCGGCAUAACCAUCACUUCUGCAGCAGUAACGUUUGAAUGGAAGAACCAUCGUAUUAAUUUAAUAGAUACCCCAGGACAUAUUGACUUUACCAUGGAGGUAGAGCAAACUCUGAGAGUGUUAGAUGGAGCAGUCGUUAUACUUGACGGAUCUGCUGGUGUAGAAGCUCAAACAUUAACAGUGUGUAGACAAGCCGACAAAUACAAUAUACCUAGGAUUAUUUAUAUAAACAAGAUGGACAGACUAGAUGGAAAUCUUGACAUGAACUUAAGGUCUAUUGAGUCAAAGUUAAACGUAGAGGUGUUGCCCACACAAUUUCCUAUCAAAGCUGAAGGGAUUUUGAAAGGUAUAGUGGAUGUGGUCUCUUUAGAAAAAAUGAUGUUUUCGCAACAGGAUAUGGGUUUUAAAUAUACAAAACUAAAACUGUCUGAAAAAGAGGACAAAAGUUUAUGGGAAUUGGCACUAGAAAAGCGUAGAAGCUUGACUGACAAACUGUCCAGUAUGGAUGAUAAACUAGCAGAUAUUAUCAUCGAACAAGAAUCUUUGGACACAAUUUCGUCACAAUUGUUAGUUGAUUCUUUAUACAGAAGUACCGUAAGUAUGAAGGGUGUUCCUGUACUGGUUGGCAGUUCUUACAAAAAUGUAGGAGUACAACCUUUAAUGGACAGCAUCCUCAUGUAUCUGCCAUCACCUGAUCAAAAUAAACACAUGAAAUAUUAUCAUUCUUUUAACCAACAUUUGUCUGCCAGAGUAUUUAAAAUCGUUCAUGAUAAACAGAAAGGACCUAUCACCUUUUUUAGAAUUUACACUGGAAGCAUGCAGAAAAAUGAAAGAGUGAUGGCAGAUGAUUAUGAAGAGAUAUCUAAGAUUGGUCAUGGUAACAUUGUAGCAGUUACAGGAUUGAAAAAUACUAUGGCUGGUGAUUUAGUAACAACAAACGCAACAGAAGCUAGCAGAGCCAGGAAGCAGCUGGAAUCACAGGAGAACAUCAGUCCAGAAGACGUGGAAAAUUUUUUUGCCUCAACCUCGAGGAUAUUAGAGCCUGUUUUCUUCUGUUCCAUAGAGGCACCAUCUCUUGCUUUUCAGGGAGCGUUAGAGUCUGCCCUUCAGCAACUUGAAAGAGAAGAUCCAAGUUUGAGAGUAACUCAGGACAGUGAAAGUGGUCAGACUGUGCUUGCUGGUAUGGGUGAAUUGCAUAUAGAAAUCAUUAAAGAAAGAAUCAGAUCGGAAUUCAAAAUUGAUGCUGACUUAGGACCUUUGCAAAUUUCUUACAGGGAAACCAUAAAAAAUCCUGUUAAAGAUACUUUCACGCCUGAGUUCAAAAUAGGGACAAACAAUUAUUCUGUUACAGUCACAAUAUCACUCAUACCCGAUUAUCAGGGUAGUCAAACAUUGCUACUAGACAGAUCACGUGAAUAUGCAGAAAAUAUUUCUGCUAUACGUCCAAAAAUGUUGAAAGCACUUGAAGCUGGUGCGAAAUUUGUUCAAUUUCAUGGACCAAAACUGAGUUACCCAGUUAUAAACAUGGGUGUUAAGUUACAUUGGUUCGAGUGUAAACCUGGUACAACAACAACAAUUAUUACUGCUGCUAUGGCUCAGAGUAUCAAAAAGCUAAUGCAGAAAGGCACAGUUGUGUUGCUGGAGCCAAUAAUGCAGCUGGAGGUCGUGGUGUCUGAAGAUUAUUCAACCAUUGUUAUGUCGGACCUUUCGAAGAGACGGGCGGAGAUACAAGAUAUCGAUGCACGUGGUUCGAGCAAGGUGGUCAGGUGUUUGGUUCCAUUGGCGGAACUAUUGGGAUACUCAACGAUACUGAGGAGAAUUUCAUCGGGACAUGCAUCAUUCACGUUGGAGUUCGGUCAUUAUCGACAUAUCGAUCCAAGCAACGAAGCGGAAACCAUUAAGAGGAUUACAGGAUUUUGUUAAAGUGAGAUUAUUAAACGAUAAUAAAGGUGAGAGAAAGAGUGUUGUUCUCGUAAACGUCUCAAUUGUCAUUUCUCCUUUUCGAAAUUCUUUUGUAUUAAGAAAUCAGCAGUUUCAACUUUACAAAGAUGUAAAUUCGUCUUGUUCUAACGUAAAAAUUAUUUGCACGUAUCACUGAACGCUGCUCCACAUGGGGCACCGUUCCCACGAAGGCAACCGUACACAAUACACCUAAGCCGGGAGUAACACGAUUCAUACGACCGAAGCACGUCGUAAUUGUCCCCCCCUGAAGAGUUUACAUGUUCAGUUUCAUUUUAUUCGUUCAAACUAAUGAAAAUAUAUUGCAGCAUUAUCAGUGGUGCGUUAUAAUUUUAUUUUUCUUAUACGAUCGUCGGUUGUGCGAGCGUCGAUUGCGGGCCUGGCCGAGACAUCGGAGCAUACCCCGCGGCGACCAGCUGAAUCGGAAUUGAGAAAAUAAAAACUAGUUCCGCGUCGAAAACACGUCGACCAGCCUCGCAACCGACGGUUGCGUAUAAAUAUAUUAAUAUUGCUUAAGAUCAUGCAAAAAUUGUCAUACAUCGUAAAAUAUAUGUAUGCGUAUAUAUUAUAUGUAUGGAGGGAAUAAAUGUUAAAAAAAUGGGAUGAGACCUUGCAAACACGUUCAGUUGCACAGAAAUCUUCUCGUAGUAUUGCAUAA